AUGUUCUUAUUUUUUCUCAACAAAAGUCGCAACCAGCCUUCUUUGUCGAAAUCAAAAUUGCAGCAAAAGAUUGUGGUGACGGUCACAAUGAACAACGAAAAUAAAAUUCGUAAGGCUAUGAAAAUCGUCGUUAGUCUCUCUGGUGUUGAAUCAGCAUCUUUCGUUAGAUCAGAUAAAACCCAAAUCGCUGUGACUGGGGAACAUGUCGACUCAGUUGAACUGGCGACCUUGCUAAGAAAACGUGUCGGAUACACAGAGCUACUGAGUGUUGGUCCGGUGGAGGAGAAGAAACCAGCUGCCGCAAAGGAAACAAAUCCCACGUUUGGUAAUCUUCCAUAUGGUUUUCGGGCGAACACUUGGUUGGUUCCUCCAUUCAUUUUGGACUCAGAAUCAAACUUCCAGCCACUUCCAUCAGAAGAUGAGUAUAUAUCGAUUGAUGAUCAACCAGAAGGUGGAGCUAAUUCCCUUAACAUUAACAGCUUAAGGGCUCUGCUUCCCAACUCAAGAGAUGUGAAAUUAUCAGGAUCCCUGUCAUCUGAACAGGGGAAUUUUGAAGCUUUAAGAAAUCUCUCAAUUUUCACUCUAAAUUUUGUCUCUCCAAAUCUCCAAGAAUACGAUCGCCAUCAUAACUCCCCUCCACCACCACCACUACCACCUUCCUUUUCCGUAACCGAUGACACCGCCACCUUCACGAUCACCAUUUGCAACUGCCACCACAUUUCUCCGCCACCACCACCACCUCUGAGAAAAACCCUAGAUCCAAAAGGUACUGUCACCACAAUCAUCUACAAUUGCUAUCAUCGAGCUCUCCUUUUUCUUACUAAUUUCACCCCAUUAGUUACCACACACACAAAAAUGUACAAAACCACCAUCGACAUCUUCAAACGAACAUCAUUGAUUUCUUUUCCUAAGUCAUUUAUCCUUUGUAACCGUCAUCAUCUUUCGGCGAAGAUCAGAAACUACAAACACACUCAUGCCCUGAACACCGAAUAG